GUGCACCAUGGACAGGGACCUGAGCGAAGAUGAAGGUGUGCUGGACCUCAGUUUUGAGGCUGAGAGCCCUCUGGUGCCCCCUGCUGAACUUCUGGAGAGACUACCCAGCUACGAUUGGCUUCUUCAAGGAGGAAGACCGCAAAUCUUCUUCCCACCUGCAGAGAGCCCAGGGAGAUCCCAGCAACCAAGAUCCUGGUCCUCAUUCCUGGAACACAGGUUCCCCAUGGUGACGGAGGAGGUGGCCCGAGAAGCCCUCCUCAGCUUCGUGAACUCCAAAUGCUGCUACCCCAGUGCAGCAGCCGGCGACCUCAUCAUCCAGGAGCUGACGCAGCGGACGCUCUGCAGGUAUCGACUGGAGACCUUCAGCGAGUCCAGGAUAAGCGAGUGGACGUUUGAACCCUUUACUAACCACUCAGUAGAUGGACCACAAAGAGGGGCCUCUCCCAGGCUUUGGGACAUCAAGGUAAAGGUACCUCCGAUGUUUCAGGAAGACACCAAGAAGUUCCAAGUCCCUCACUCAUCAUUGGUUAAGGAAUGCCACAAGUGCCAUGGCCAUGGUCGAUACAAGUGCAGCGGCUGCCAUGGGGCCGGCAUGGUGAGUCGCCUGUGGGCUGUUGGUGAGUGCAGCACGUGCUCCGGCAGAGGGAACAAGACCUGCGCCACCUGCAAGGGGGAGAAGAAGCUGCUGCACUUUGUCCAGCUGAUCAUCGUGUGGAAGAACCGGCUGUUUGAGUUUGUGUCUGGACACCAGCUGAGCUGCCCAGGGGAGCUGCUUUCUAAGGCCAAAGGAGAAAAACUCUUCAAGGAUGAAGACGUGGUGGUGUACCCCAUCACGGAUUUCCCCCUGCGGGAGAUCUCUGCGGCCUCACAGAGAGGCAUCACCGAGCACAGCGCCACAGUGGCCUCCCACGCCCGCGUUCUGCAGCAGCGGCAGACCAUUGAGGUGAUCCCACUGACAGAAGUUCAUUACUGGUACCAAGGAAAGACUGGUGUCUACUACCUGUACGGAACUGAUCACCAGGUGCACGUGGUGGACUACCCCGAGCGAUACUGCUGCGGCUGCGCCCUCAUCUGACCAUGGCUGCAGAUGUCCCCUCAGCCCACCCCUCCCAUUCAGUCGAGGGACCAGUGGAGGCCUAUGCCGUCACUUCUCUUUGGUUGCACUGGGCAAUUCUUUUUCAGCCCUAGGAUAGCCUUCCGGAGAAGUCUGCUUCUGGUCUUAUGGAUGAGCCCCUCUCCUUCGUCUAGUCAACCUACAGAAGCUCAGCUAUGUGUAAUCCUUUAAGACAAAGGAGAGAAGUCAGGGAACUCAUGGGGACUUUGCCUCCGACCUUCCUUUGACCUUGCUUUGUUCUUGGCCACGCUCCACUCUGAGGGCCCUUUUCUAGAGUGGCCCUCUGGCCAAGCUGAACAUUCGAGGCGCAUGUCAAGCCACCGCCCCUGCCUGCACACGUGAUAGCAUUUAGGGCAUGCCUGUUCUGUGGAUUAGGAGUUUGGUCAGGACUCAGCACUGUGGUCCAUCUCUGCUCCACGGUAUCUAGGGACUCACCUGGAAGACUCAUUGGCAGGGGGACUGGUUGUUGGCUCUCAGCUGAAACACCUCUAUGUGGCCUCUCUGCGCUGCUUGGACUUCCUUACAACAUGGCAGCUCUAAGGGUGAGCGUCUCUUGGCUACCCACCUAAUAGAAGAAGUAGACAUCUGUUCCAAACUGGAGAACAAACCAGCUCUGGUGAAUGGACUGAGCCUCAAAAAGCUAAGCUCUAAUGUGAUACUGAUGUGAGGAACAUGGUAGAGAGAUUGAGAAUAUAUGCAUUCAUUUCAAAUCACAUACCCACCUUAGAACCUAUCUAUCAAGCCACUCAUAAUCUUGAUGUGCUCCACAUCUGUGCAGCGAGGCUGCAGCUAGAGGGGAGAGAGACCCUGCCUAGACUUUGGCAAGAAGCAGAUCUGCUGCUUUCCACUCCGUCCACCAGAGGGCAACAUGUGCGUGUACGUGAAUCCUGAGCAGUUGUGUUUGUGUUUUGCCCUGUGCCAAAGGAGUUCAGUGUCAGGUGUGAGACCCUCAAUCUUAUGAGGGUCUCUUGUUCUCAGCAGCCCCAGGGCCAUCAGCCUCCCUGCAGGGCCUAGAACUUCAGUAAAACGAAUGACUUUUAUUUUC